UUUCGACCUAACCUAACCUCUAUUCUCGAUGUGUUUUCGGAAUGAUUGUAAACACGAGCAUAUGCUACGUGAAUUUUACCGGCUUUUGAAAAUAAUAUUUAAUUAUUAGUGUAAUAUACAUUUUAUUACACGAUAUAUUAAUCGUAUUAAAUUUACGAUAUAACAGUGUUACAUUUUUACAUAUUUUAAUAAGAUUAAAUUAAUCAAAAUAUAUUGCUGUGAUAAUGCAUUUAACGUAAUAUUAUUAAUUUUACGCACAUGUAGCGUAAGUGAAGUUUAAUGACGUUUAAACAUAUAUGAAAACGUUUUUAAAGCAAUUAUGAGUCUCAUAUCUCAUCUCAAUAAUAUGAAACUAAACUACAAAAUAUUUAUGUAUUCCACAUUAACGUUAUUCAUUACAAGUACUAUAUUACUUUUUCUGUAUCUUAAUCAUAUUCAACCACAUUAUUUCAUCGAUGAGGCUUUUCAUAUACCGCAGACAUUACGUUACUGCGCAUGGAAUUUUACGCAGUGGGAUCCAAAAAUCACUACAUUGCCAGGAUUAUAUCUUAUUACUACUGCGAUAUUAUCACCUUUUAAUAUGUGCAAUACUACAUAUAUAAGAUGUAUAAAUUUACUUGGAACAUGCCUAAAUCUUUAUCUUAUUUAUAACAUUAUAAAAGAGAAUUGCAAAACUAAUGAAACAGAGCGGUGGAAUAAUUGGUUGAUACUUACAUUGGCCUAUAAUAUUACUCUUUUUCCACCAUUGUACUUUUGGUGCUUUUUCUAUUACACAGAUGUUGUGUCUGUAAAUAUAGUACUUGCAAUGUUAUUUUUGCACCAACGUAAGCACACAAAAAUGACAGCAUUUGCAGGUUUAAUAGCUGUACUUGUUCGUCAAACAAAUAUCAUUUGGCUUGGCUUUUUUACUAUAGAACAUGCAUUAGAUAUAUUUGAUAAUAGAAUGGAAAAACCAAUCUCCCCACGAGUGCUCAGUACUCCAUUGCACUUUCGUUUAAUAUGGAAGCAGAUAAUGUACGAGUUACGCAAAGGCCCGUUAUCAUUUAUUAAGUUUAUUGCACAAAUAUGCAAUAGUCUAUUUUUUUAUAUAAUGGUAUGCUUGAUGUUUGUCGCCUUCGUUGUGUGGAAUAAAGGCAUAGUGAUUGGCGACCGUACCGCUCACGUCGCAACGAUUCACAUUUGUCAGAUAUUUUAUUUUUCGGCCUUCGUCUCUCUAUUCUCGUGGCCGUACGUGAUGCCUCAUUGGCGAACGUGUUCGCGUUUUCUUCGUCGGUACUGGAUUUCUGCCAACUGCGUCGUUGUAUUAAUGGCCACGGUGAUUCGUUUCAACACGCUCGUGCACCCGUACGUUUUGGCAGAUAAUCGGCAUUACUUGUUCUAUGUAUGGAAUCGAUUCAUGGGUCGAUACACGAUGUUCAAGUACCUGUUGAUACCGAUUUACUGCGCGAGUCUGUUCGCCAUGUCGAAAAAUAUCAGUCACUUGAGAUUUCUUACACAGAUCAAUUAUAUUAUUUGCGUAAGCAUGAUUCUGAUACCCCAGUUACUGGUAGAACCGCGUUACUUCAUUCUUCCUUACAUCUUUUAUCGCUUAAGUAUGAAAAGGCCGGAAAAAUGGCAGAUUUAUUUAGAAUCGCUUACGAUUUUUACAAUAAAUUGUUUGCAAUUUUUUAUUUUUUCCAAUAAAGUAUUCUAUUGGGAGGAUCAACCCUAUGCCCAGCGAAUUUCCUGGUGACGUUUAACAUGAAAACAGAUGCGCGUAAUUUAAAAAAAUUUAUUUUUAUGUUAAGUAUUUUUUGUCUUCCUACUUUACCUUUUUCUGUAUGCUUAAUUUAAUGGAGGGCAUUAAAUUAUUCAUGAUUGAUCGACAAUUAUAUUUCGACGAACAAUAAUUUAAUAAUAAUUUAUUGUUCAUAGAUGAAACUUAUGGCAAUACUGCUAAAUGUUUUUGUACAGUAACAGUUUGUCAACAGAUUUGCGACAUGUAUCGUCAGUAUAUAAUAUAUUAAAUGUAUUCCACUGACGACUCAA